AUGUUCACUAGCAUAGCACUUGUAGAGAAGUUAAAUUUAACAUUGUUGAAACAUCCUAGGCCAUAUAAAUUGCAAUGGUUAAAUGAAAGUGGAGAAGUUAGGGUUAAUAGAAGGGUGUUAAUAAAUAUAUCAAAUGGUAGUUACCGAGACAAAAUAAUAUGUGAUGUGGUAUCGAUGCAAGCGGGGCAUAUUUUAUUGGGAAGAACAUGCCAAUAUGAUAGGAAGGUUAUGCAUGAUGGGUAUAAAAAUUGCUACAGUUUCGUCAAGGAUGGGAGGCCUAUCACUCUUGUACUAUUAACAUCGGUGCAAGUCCUUGAGGACCAAAUUAAAUUAAGGAAUGAGGAAGAGGGGAAAAGGAGUGAGUUAGAGAAGAGGAGAGAAAUAUAUGAGCAAGAGAAACAGAGAGAAAACUAUGAGAUAGUGAGCAAGAGAGAAAAUUGUGAGGAAUUUCAAGAAGUAUUCCUGAAGGAUAUACCGAGUGGAUUACCACCUAUUCGGAGAAUUGAACAUCAAAUUGACUUCAUAGCUGGAGCAAUUAUUCAUAAUCGACCAGCUUAUCGGAGUAAUCCUGAUGAGACUAAGAAGUUUCAGAGACAAGUGGAGGAAUUGAUGGAAAAGGCAAUGUUCAGGAAUGCUUGA